UAUCGGUUAUAGUUCCAAGAAUGGGUGUAGUAAGGGUCCAGGUUGCUCCUGGGGUACACAAAACAUAUCAUACUGCUGACAUCGACCCAAAGUUACUUCAAACUGUUAGUGAGAAAGAAGCUGAAGAUGCAAAGAACACAGGAAAUAAUUUCUACAAACAGAAAGAUUACUUCAAAGCGAUUAAGUUUUAUACCAAUGCUAUAAACCUACUGCCAGAUAAGGCCGCUUAUUACGGUAACAGAGCUGCUGCCUACAUGAUGAUAUCCAACUACACUAAUGCACUGGAAGAUUCUGUGAAGUCAGUCGAGAUGGAUCCUAACUUUUUCAAGGGCGGAUUACGGAUGAUCAAGUGCUACAUCGCACUUGGUAACUUGACAGCCGCUUCUCGUGCUCUACAAGACCUCAAAUCACGUGACCCCAAUAACAGCACAUCUUAUGCCAGCGAGAAUACUAACAUCAACCGACUAAGAGAUCUGGAAGCAAAUGCUGACAAGGAUAUGAACAAAAGUGACUUUAGGAGGGUUGUUUACGUGAUGGAUAGAGCGCUAGAAAUGGCACCCGCUUGUGUCAACUACAAGACCAAACGAGCGGAGUGUCUAGCGUUACUCGGUCGCUACAAUGAAGCUCAAGAAGCGUCAAAUGAAAUGUUGCGAGCAAACAGUCUGAACGCUGGAGCACUGUAUGUUAAAGGACUGUGUCUGUUUUAUCAGGAUCAUCUCGACAAAGCCAGACAGCAUUUCCUGCAAGUUUUACGAGUAGACCCAGAUCAUGGUAAAGCUCGUCUUGCCGUCAAAGAAGUAAAGGAGCUGGAGAGCACCAAACAAAAGGGUAACGCGGCCUUCACUAGCGGUAAAAACGAGGAGGCGCUCAAGUUAUACAGAGCAGCCUUGUUGAUAUGCCCUAACAAUAAACUUACCAACGCCAAAUUACACGCCAACAUUGCAGCUGUUUAUAUUAAACUGCGUAACUAUGAAGAGGCAGUCAAGGCUUGUACUGCUGCUAUUAAACUAGACGACGGGUACGUUAAGGCGUAUGCUCGGCGGAUAGUGUGUUAUCAAGAACUUGAGCAACACGAAGAUGCCGUCAGGGAUGCAGAGAAAAUGCAUAAAAUGGAGCACAGUAGAGAGUCUAAACAGAGGCUCAGGGACGCUAAUAUUAAACUGAAGAUGUCUAAAAGGAAAGAUUAUUACAAGAUACUGGCCUGUAGUAAAUCAGCCAAUAUGGACGAAAUAAAGAAAGCUUACAAAAAAGCAGCAUUGAAACACCAUCCAGAUAGACACAGUCAUGGUACAGAGGAAGAGAAAGCUACAGCUGAGAAGCAGUUUAAAGAGGUGGGAGAAGCAUAUGCAGUGUUAUCAGAUCCUAAAAAGAAACUAAGGUACGAUAAUGGAGAAGAUCUUGAUGACCCUAUGGGUGGCAUGCACCACGGUAAGCAUUCAUACUGUUUUCAUCAAGGAUUUCCUCAUCAAGGAUUUCCUUUCUCAGUAUAAACCUAAAACAUCCACUGAUCCACGACGUGGACCCUACGCAGAUAUUCCAGACCUUCUUCGGGGGUGCAGGGGGUGGUGGCCCUCAUCAACAGUUCUUUAAUGGUGGUUUCCCCCACGGAGCACGAGGGGCUGACCCUGGUUUUACCUUUUCAUUCGGAUAAAACCUCCGGGACCUCCACUAGUUGAUGUAUCGUGAUAAGGCCUGUUCUCUGCGCUACCAAACAACGUGGAACACCAUCUACUGCUUAUAAUCAACUCCCGAAUUAAACCUCCAUUUUUCGAGGAGUUUUUAUCUGAGAGACUAGUGACCCCUUUUGUUAAUGUAUUUUAGGACACUCUAGAUUUGAAGGAAAUUUCAGACAAGGCAUGUUUACCACAUCAUAAUCUUAUUAAACGAGAAGCUUAAAGUUUUAAAAUAGAUACAUUCAAAUUGUUUUGAAAAAUU